GAGAGUGAGAGAGAGUGAAAGAAUGCUUGGACGUCAUAAGAGUGUACGCUGGUUACUGUUGUGGGCCGUUACGGCCUUUUCGGUGUCAACGGUUGUUUUGGGUUUUCAACACGCACGCCUGAACGCCAACAUCAAGGAUGCCCGCGAUAAAUUGGAUUACAUGGAAUCACUGCUGGAGGGUGAGGCAAAGCCGCGCAGCGCCCGUUCUUUGGCCGAUGAUGAUAAUGAGAUUGACUAUCGCUUACCCUCGGCCCUGAAACCCUCCCACUAUGAUUUGUAUUUAAAUCCAGAUCUUAAGAGUGGCAACUUCAGCGGCAAGGUUAUCAUCACCAUUGAUGUUCUGGAGAAUACCAAACAGGUUAUUUUGCAUUCGCAUAAAUUGGAAAUUAUUCGCGUGUUUGUUCAAGCCUCCAGCGGUGUGUGGGCCAGCAACAUUGAGGUGGUCAACUAUGAAUUCGAUACAGUUCGGGAGUUUUUGAUAAUCAAUUUGAGUGAGGAGUUAACUGCUGGCGGUACAAUUUCCAUUGGUAUUGAAUUCGAAGGUGUAAUGUUGGGUAAAAUUGUUGGUCUGUACAGCAGUACGUAUACAACGCCCGAGAAUCAAAAGAGAACAAUUGCCACAUCGAAAUUCGAACCGACCUAUGCCCGCCAGUCGUUCCCCUGUUUCGAUGAGCCCAAUAUGAAAGCCAAGUUCACCAUUACCUUGGUUCGACCCACCGGUGAUGGUUAUCAUGCUCUAUCCAAUAUGAAUGAAGAGAGCACCACCCUUUUGGAUGACUAUACCGAAGUGCAUUUUGCCGAAAGUGUGGAGAUGAGUACGUAUUUGGCGUGUUACCUGAUCUCUGAUUUUGCCCACAGCACCCGACCAGUUAAGGCUGAAAUUGGCGAUGAUUUUGAGAUACGCAUCUAUGCCACGGCCCAUCAAUUGGAGAAGACUAAUUUUGCAGCCGAUACCGCAGCUGCUGUCACCGAAUAUUAUAUCAAGAACUAUCGUGUGGAAUAUCCUUUGCCCAAAUUAGACAUGGCCGCCAUUCCUGAUUUUGCCUCAAAUGCCAUGGAACAUUGGGGUUUGUUGACCUAUCGUGAAACGGCCUUGUUGUAUGAUCGCAGUUACAGUUCCACUUACAAUAAGCAAAGGAUUGCGGCUGUCAUUGCCCAUGAAUUGGCCCAUAUGUGGUUCGGCAAUUUGGUUACCAUGAACUGGUGGAAUGAUUUGUGGCUAAAUGAAGGCUUUGCCCGUUUCAUGCAGUACAAGUCGGUGCAUGAAAUCUAUAGCGAUUGGGGUUUGCCCGACCAAUUUUUGAUUCACGCCCUGCAUGGCGUCAUGGAAUUCGAUUCCUCGGUAGCUUCUCAUCCCAUUAUCCAAAAAGUUGAAAAUCCCGAUCAAAUUACGGAAAUCUUUGAUACCAUCAGCUAUGAAAAGGGUGCAUCGGUUAUUCGCAUGUUGGAGGACAUUGUGGGCGUGGAUAAAUUCGAAUUGGCUGUUACCAAUUAUUUGACAAAAUUCAAAUAUAAGAACGCGGUGACGGAUGAUUUCAUUAAUGAGGUGGCCAAUACCGAACCUGGUUUUGAUGUCAAAUUCAUGAUGCGCACCUGGACCGAACAAAUGGGUCUGCCAGUGGUGAAUGUCAAACGUGUCUCUCCAACAACAUUUGAAUUGGCCCAAAAACGUUUCUUCUCCAACAUUGAGGAUUAUGACAAUGUCUAUGAUGAUUCCGAAUUCAAUUACAAGUGGACCAUUCCCCUCACCUACACCACCGAUAACGAUGCCACAGUCAAACGUGAAUGGUUCGAUUAUGACAAAGCAUCAGUCACUGUCGAAGUUCCAGCUUCCACUAAAUGGUUGAAAUUCAAUUCACAUCAAAUCGGUUAUUAUCGUGUCAACUACGAAGACGACAUGUGGCACGAAAUUAUUGCCGAUCUGGUGGCUAGCCCAACUAAAUUCGAAAUUGCCGAUCGCGCCCAUUUGUUAAAUGAUAUCUUCUCGCUGGCUGAUGCUAGUCAAAUUUCCUAUGCCAUUGCUCUGGAUAUGACCACAUAUUUGGAAAAGGAAACCGACUUCGUGCCAUGGUAUGUGGCCACAGAAAAGUUGCAGGCAUUGCAAACGAAUCUGAUGAAGACCGAAAUCUAUUUGGAUUAUUUGAAAUAUGCUCGUGGUUUGGUCGCUAAGGCUUAUGGGGAAGUGACAUGGAAUGUGGAUGAGGAUAAUCAUUUGAAAAAUCGUUUACGUGUCAGCAUUAUUACUGCUGCCUGUUCCUUGGGCCUGCCGGAUUGUUUGAACGAGGCCUCAACACGUUUCACCGCCUUCUUGGCCAAUUCGAAUGAAAAACCCGAUCCAGAUCUACGUGAAAUCGUGUACUACUAUGGCAUGCAACGCGUGGGCAAACAACAGCAAUGGGAGAAAAUGUGGGACAUAUUUGUGGCCGAAUCGGAUGCCAGUGAAAAACUGAAGUUAAUGUAUGGCCUGUCCGCCAUCCGGGAACCAUGGAUUUUGAGGAGAUUCAUUGACUUGGCCGAAACCGAAGACUACAUUCGCAGCCAAGAUUGGUAUACCUGCAUCCAGAACAUUGCCGCCAAUCCUGUGGGUGAAUCUAUUGUCUGGGAAUACAUACGCGAAAAUUGGCCAAAAUUGAUCGAACGUUUCGGUUUGAAUGAUCGUUAUUUGGGCCGCAUGAUUCCCACCAUCACCGGCGGAUUUAGCAGCGAAACAAAAUUCGAAGAAAUGGAAGAAUUCUUUAAGAAAUACCCAGAAGGUGGUGCCGGCACGGCUUCACGUAAACGUGCCUUGGAAAUCGUCAAAUAUAACAUCAACUGGUUGAAGACCAACUUGAAUGAGGUCUCCAAUUGGCUGAAGUCGCAUUAGGGAGAUGGUGCAAUAUUAGGUUUAAUUAAAAAAAAUAAAUAAAUAUUUUGUCAAAAUUA